CAGCCGGCCAGAUCUUCUCCGGCCAACACCGCGAGUUUCGUUUGGAUGUUCGCGUUUGUCUGCUAGCAUCACCAGCCAUCGCAUGUUUAGGAUUUAGGAGUGAACUUGUUCUGUAUAUAAAUAAUUAUUUGAGUGAUCCACUCUUCUAACUGCAGGUGCACAAUGGUCUCAUUAAAGCGAGAAAACAUUGAACUUGAGGACGACGACGACGAGGAAGAAGGGGUGGUUGCCAAGGUGGGACGAGGACGGGCCGCGGAGGACCGGAGGAGCCGCCACUGCCCUUACCUGGACACAAUCAACAGGAGCGUUCUGGACUUCGAUUUUGAGAAGUUAUGUUCGAUAUCGCUCUCCCACAUUAACGUGUAUGCCUGUCUCAUAUGUGGAAAGUACUUUCAAGGCAGAGGUCUCAAGUCGCAUGCUUACACCCACAGUGUCCAGUUCACCCACCAUGUGUUCCUCAACCUGCAUACCCUGAAGUUCUACUGCCUACCAGACAACUACGAGAUCAUCGACUCUUCCCUGGAGGACGUUACAUAUGUGUUGAAGCCCACCUUCACCAGGCCUCACAUCUCGGGGCUGGAUAAGCAGGGCAAGCUGUACCGGGCGUAUGACGGAACCACCUACCUCCCUGGCAUCGUGGGGCUCAACAACAUCAAAGCCAACGACUACGCCAACGUGGUGUUGCAGGCACUGUCCAACGUUCCCCCUCUGCGGAACUACUUCCUGGAGGAGGAGAACUACCGGGGCAUCCGACGGCCCCCCGGGGACAUCAUGUUCCUCCUGGUGCAGCGCUUCGGCGAGCUGAUGAGGAAGCUGUGGAACCCCCGGAACUUCAAGGCCCAUGUGUCGCCUCACGAGAUGCUGCAGGCCGUGGUGUUGUGCAGCAAGAAGACCUUCCAGAUCACCAAGCAAGGCGAUUCGGUGGACUUCCUGUCCUGGUUCCUGAACGCCCUCCAUAACGCUCUCGGAGGCACAAAGAAGAAACCAUCAAGCAUCACAAAUGUGUUUCAAGGCUCCAUGCGGAUCUUCUCCAAAAAGCUUCCACAUCCAGAUUUAACACCAGAGGAAAAGGAGGAAUUGCUGCUGACAGAAGAGUACCAGGAGAAGAUAUCGGAGUCCACCUUCCUGUAUUUGACCCUUGACCUCCCAACGGCACCGCUGUACAAGGAUGAGAAGGAGCAGCUGAUCAUUCCUCAGGUGCCCCUCUUCAACAUCCUGGGCAAGUUCAACGGCAGCACAGAGAAGGAGUACAAAACAUACAAAGAGAAUUUCCUCAAGAAAUUCCAGCUGACCAAACUGCCCCCCUACCUGAUAUUCUGCAUCAAGCGCUUCACCAAGAACAACUUCUUUGUGGAGAAAAACCCCACCAUUGUCAACUUCCCCAUCACUAACGUGGACCUCCGAGAGUACCUGACGGAGGAAAGCCAGGUCACAGAAAAGCACACGACCUACGACCUUGUAGCCAACGUGGUGCAUGAUGGGAAGCCCACCGAGGGAGCCUACAGAACACACGUACUGCACCACGGCACGGGGAAGUGGUACGAGAUGCAGGACCUGCAAGUGACGGACAUCCUGCCCCAGAUGAUCACCCUGUCUGAGGCCUACAUCCAGAUCUGGAAACGCAGGGAGGAUGAUGACACACCGAUCCACACCGGAGCGUAGUGUCCUGGUGGCCCCAGUAAGACCCUCUUGUCCCUCUGAACCCUAAAGAGCUCUGCAGAGAAAGACAAGUCUGAGGUCUGACUCUCGUUCCAGACAUUAAGGACUGAGGAAAAAUAUUUUCUUUUAUUACAACUUUUUUAAGUGUUUAUUUGUGAACUCUCUUUUGAAAUAAACAUGUAUUUCAAAUUUCCCUGAUCGGUAUUUUAAUCUCACAGUAGUACAGCUGCUUAAGAGCUCAACGAAGCAGAUUCAGCCAAUCAAACAGAGGAGGAAGCGAUGAAGACAAAACGGAAGCCAGUGUUUUAUUACUUUAUACAGUAUCAAUAAAACAUUGGCAAGACAAACAUAUCUUUCAUAAAACAGCAUUCCAGUGUAUCCUUCAUACAGUAAUAUUAAUUGAAGCAGAAUAUAAGGCAUGUGCAAUGCAAAGAAGGAGCAUUCAACAUAAUCGUGAUCUUUUAUAGGAGUUAAGGUGAUUAUGGUCAUAGUUCUACAGCGAGUACAUCGCUGUACAAAUGCACUCGUGUGUUCUUUGUGGAAAUGUUGUCUUUUUUAUAUGUUGCAUUAAAAGGUAUUUUGGAGUGGGGGAACAUGCAGUUGAACCGAAGUCCUCUAGCCCUGAAUCUGGCAGUAGAUGCUCCAAGUUCAUUUACUGCAGGCUAGUGUAUGUUACAGGGAUCCAGUAUUGUACUACAAAAUAAUGAAGCUAAAUGCUUGUGGAGGCAUUUGAUGUCAUCCAGAUUUAGUCUGUAUUUCUUUAUGCUUUCCAAGAGCGAGGCUCUCACCAUUACACAUGCAAGGUUUAUAAGUAAAUCGCAAGCGAGAACAAUCAAUGGAGCAAAUAUAGAAAGGGAUUGUCAGCAGAAAACGCUCCGAGAUGCAGGGAUGUUUCAUCUCCACAGGUGUUUCUUGCAGUAGGCUAGAUUCUACAGAAAGAUGGAGGGAAAAUAAUUUUGUGAAACAGUUCUCAAACGGUCUGUUAUCCUGCAAGAGAAAUCUCUAACUAGAACUGCAAGCAGUUAUGCAGGGGUCCAAGAAGUGUGCAUUUCGCCGGCACAACGCGACAAGAAAUGUGCAUUUCGCCGGCACAACGCGAAGCAUGUGUUCAAAACGCUACCCUGAACCUGUGGAUACAAAGGAUUUGACUGUGGUAGGAGUAGCGAGAAGUCAGUGUAGUGUUUUCGCGGCGAAAUUUUGUAGAAGAUAUACAAUUUCCUCGUUUGUUGCGCCCCCUAAUGGCGAAAUGUUCCGAUAUUUUUAUCGAACGUCAUUAAGGUUAGCACCGACAUGUCUGUAAAAUUUGGACUCGAUCCGAUGUACAAUUCUGGAUUUCUUUGGAUUUUUGAUUUUUCACGUCUAAUUUAGCUAAUAAACAAAUAUUCAAAACGCUACCGUUUCGUCAUCGAAGGUCGGAUCAAAAAAGUGUCUAUGAUGAAGAUGCCGUGUGCAAAGUUUUGUGUCAAUUGGUCAAGAAAUGUGGGAGGAGUAGCGAAAAAACAGUUGCGGUUUUCGCGAUUUUGCGAAAAAAAAAUUUCGCACGCAAAUGGGCGUGGCCUAUGCCAAAAGAUGCAGCAGACUCCAGUGAAUAUGUGGGUACAAGUUUUUGACUGUGGGAGGUUCGGUGUGGGAGUUAUAGCCCCAAACGCGUUUUCCCUUGGUAUAGCGCCACCUAGUGGCCGGCGUGUCUGGAUUUUGUCGUCUGCGUAGUCCGAAGAGAUCUGGAUCUAGUCAUACAAUUGGCGUGUCUGCACCAUUUACGGUUUGGGCUGUGGUACCACUUUUAGGGAGGUACAAAUAAUAAAAAUAAACAUGACAAAAACAAUAGGGAUCCAACCUGUUGGCU